AUGCCCUCAUUUCCCAUUAGUGACCCAACUAGGACCCACAUAGGGAGCCGUGUGUGUAUGUGUGUAGAUGAGGUCCAUGUGAAGGAUGAGGGGCACGUGAGGAUGCGCGAGCGUCUGCUGUGGGACGAGCCGCUGCAGAUCUCCUGGCUGAUGGAGGCCGAGCCGUUCACCUUCUCCCUGCAGUCGGCGGGUCCUGUGGCCGACGUGACCCUGGAGCAGAAGACUACCUUCGCCUUUGUCAUUCUCCUCUUUGUCUUCCUCUGCAUGCUGAUCAUGCGCUGCUUCCGAAUCCUGCUGGACCCGUACCGCAGCAUGCCUACCUCCACAUGGGCUGACGGGCUGGAUGGCCUCGAGAAGGGACAGUUUGAUAACACACUGGCUUAG